AUGGCCUCUCCAUCCGUCCACCACCUCUUCCAUGCGCCCAUCAGCGAUCAUUCUUUCUCCCAGGAUCACUCCACAUUGGCCGUCACACGCGAUAACACCGUCGACCUCUAUUCCGCCCAGAACAACUCCUUCGUCCUGUCUGACUCCCUCCGCGGCCACGACAAAACCGUCACAGGUGUUGAUAUUGCCCCCAACUCUGGCAAAAUCGUCACCUGCUCUCAGGACCGCAACGCCUAUGUCUGGGAACCCAACCCCACCACCGGCCAGUGGAAGCCCACGCUUGUCCUCCUGCGUAUCAACCGUGCCGCUACUUGUGUGAGAUGGUCCCCUUCGGAAACAAAGUUCGCCGUGGGAAGUGGAGCCCGCAUUAUUGCAGUCUGCUACUUCGAAGAGGAAAACGACUGGUGGAUCUCGAAGCAUCUUAAGAAACCUCUCCACUCUACUGUUACUAGUGUGGCAUGGCAUCCCAAUUCCGUGCUCUUGGCGGCUGGAAGUACUGAUGGGCAUGCGAGGGUAUUUAGUUCGUUCAUCAAGGGCAGCGAUGAGAGACCAGAGCCGAGCGUGUGGGGUGAGCGAUUGCCCUUCAACACCGUCUGUGGUGAGUACAUGAACGGCACCGCAGGAUGGGUGCACGCUGUUGCAUUCAGUCCGAGCGGCGAUGCUCUUGCUUUCUCGGCCCAUGAUUCGAGCAUUACCAUUGUGUACCCCUCUGCACCGGAGCAGCCUCCCAAGGCGGUCAUCAGCAUCGCUACACAGGGUCUACCUUUCGCAGAUCUCAUUUGGAUUUCAGAGGGCGCAAUCGUGUGUGCUGGAUAUGAUUGCGAGGUCAUGAAGUUCGAGGGAAGCGAUGCUGGAUGGGCCAUGACUGGUAGCCUGGAGAAGGAAGGCAAGAAGGGUGAGGUGAAGGAGGAGAGUGCUCUGAACAUGUUCCGCAGUAUGGACUUGAAGGGACGAAGCGGUGGUGGUGCAGCUGAAGACACCAAAUUGAGGACGGUGCAUCAAAACACUAUCAACUCGUUGCGAGCCUAUGCCGGUAGCAGCGAGCAGGUUGCACAGGUCAGCACAGCGGGGGUAGAUGGACGUGUUGUUGUUUGGAGCUUGUAG